UCCUUAAAUAAAGGAGAAGUAGCUCAGUGUUGUGGAGUGAAUUGUAAUAUGGCAGUUUCUUUCGCUCUCCAUUCCUUCCUUCCUCUCUCUCUCUUCCUUCUCUCCUACCUUGCUCUUCCCUCACCUCUAGAAAAGCGUACCGAACGCGAACCCAACCCACUCUGUCCUCCGGUCGACUGUAGGGAGCAAUUUGAUAUCCGAUUCCCCUUCUCAAAUAUCACUAAUCCUGAAUGCGGGUUAUACUCCAUCAAUUGCAACAAUUUCAUAAAACCAACCAUCCAAUUUGAGGAUUUGGGAAGGUCGUACGUCGUCAAAGAUAUCUCGUAUCGUGAAAGCACGAUUGUAAUUCAAGACGAGGGAUUCUACAAUCACUCGCAGUCCGACUUAUGCAAUUCCUCUUACAAUUUCACCUUGCCCUCGUCUACUUUCCUUCGCUUUUAUCUUAAAACUUCCAACUACAUCUUUGUCAAUUGCAAUCGCCAUCAUCAGCCUCUCUUCAAUGAUUCCUAUAUGGGUGUGUAUAAUUACACAGAUUGUGAAGACCGCAUUCUCUACUAUUGGCCAGAGGAUCUACAACUUCAUUAUCAACCAUCUCUUCAACAGCGUGAUUGUUUGGUCACUCACUUUCCAUUGCAUCUACAUGAGCUCGACCCAAAUGUGCCGAAGGACUUCUUUAGUGUAUUGUCAUUGGGUUUCCAUCUUCAAUGGGUUCGAACCCAAGAAUGCAUUGAAUGUUUCGAAAGAAGAGGAGGUUAUUGUAGUCGACACAAUUCUACCAGGGACUUCAUUUGUUCAUACCCAACUAAUCCCCAUGGUGGAAAGAGUGGUAAGGAUAAGAAAAAGAAGAUCAUUGCUAUAGGUGCAAGUGCAGGGGCCAUCCUUUUUUUAGCAUUCCUAGUCAUCUUCUUCCUUUUCCGACGGAUCUGGGUCCGUAACAAGAGACACCCAUCGAUCUCUUCCAAUCUCCUCUCUCAAUCCAUCUCUUCGGAUCCAUACUCCAAGUUAAAGCUUGAAAAGGGCAUCCAAACACAAGUCUUUGAGUACAAGGAACUAGAAGAAGCUACUAACAACUUCGACCCAUCUAAAGAACUCGGAGAAGGUGGCUUUGGUACUGUUUACCAUGGCAAGCUCCGCGACGGGCGUUUUGUUGCAGUCAAGCGCCUAUACGAAAAUAACUACAAGCGCAUCGAACAAUUCAAGAAUGAAAUCGACAAUCUUUCUCGCCUGCGCCAUCAGAACCUUGUCACCCUAUAUGGGUGCAGCUUGUGCCAUCAUCGUGAGCUACUCCUCGUCUAUGAAUUCAUCCCCAAUGGUACUGUUGCAGACCAUCUCCAUGGCAACCGUCUGCAAGCCGGCACCCUCACGUGGCCCAUCAGGAUGAGCAUUGCUAUAGAAACUGCUGAUGCACUUUCCUACCUCCAUAAGGUUGAAAUUAUUCACCGCGACAUCAAAACCAACAACAUUCUCCUUGAUAACAAUUUCCAUGUAAAGGUUGCAGAUUUUGGCCAGUCACGUUUGUUCCCCUUCAACGUCACGCAUGUGUCCACUGCUCCACAAGGGACCCCUGGCUACAUGGACCCCGUUUAUCACCAGUGCUACCAACUCACUGACAAGAGUGACGUUUACAGCUUUGGUGUGGUCUUGAUCGAACUCAUAUCAUCCAUGCCGGCUGUGGACAUCAAUAGGCAUCGUCACGAGAUCAAUUUGGCCUCCAUGGCGAUUGGCAAGAUCCACAAGGAUGCACUGCAUGAGCUGGUGGACUCCACCCUUGGGUUUGAUUCUGAUUUUGAUGUGAGGAGGAUGAUCACAUCAGUAGCCCAGUUGGCAUUUAGGUGUUUGCAAGAUGAGAAGGAAAUGAGGCCAUCUAUGGAGGAGGUUCUUGAGGAGCUGAGAGGAAUAGAAAGUGAAGAAUACAAGGUGGAGAAGACAGAGGAGGUGGGUAUUCUGGUGGACGAAACUGCCUUGUUGAAGCACAAUCUGCCACCGUCGCCAGAUACUGUGACUAAAGCAUGGGAGAGUAGGACUACUACACCCAACACUAGUGGGUGAUGUAUAUACUUGUGGUUGGAGUUUUGAUACAC